AUGGCUGAAAUGCUGAGGAGUGGUGAAAGAAUCUACACGAUGUCUUCCGAAACUAGGGCAGAAAAGAAGGAGAAAUACUCACAACCACCGUGUCUAAUGACGUCACUUCCCGAAGACCGCGUGUACCGAGUUGCCACUAUCCAACACUCUCCCUCGUUUCUAAGCAAUUUCGAUCACUCGAGGCGGUCUUUGUUGGGCUGCACCGAACACUGUCUCUAUGUUUCCCUCUAUACUACUGAAACCUGUGAUCGCCGAUUGUAUAUUCUCCGCCGGAAAGCCAAUGGCAGUGGCCGCUUGGUCCUUAUCCCUUGGCUUCCUGCUGUGCCUAUAUAUGCGAGCUUUGUCACGGUGGGUUCGAGGAUAUAUGUGUUUAGUGGGAUUAAAAAUCACACAAGGAGUGCGCUAACCAUCGAUUGUGGAUCUCACACGAUGCAACCUCUCCCGAGCAUGCUUGUGCCCUUGUCUCAUACAAUCGCUGGCAUCAUCGCCGGGAGAAUCUACGUAAUCGGAAAUCACGAUACUCAUCCCAGGAAGAAGGCGAUGGUGGUGUUCAAUACAAAAACACAAAAGUGGGAGGAGCCUGCGAUGAAAAAGAUAGACAUUAAGCUUGGUAACACGUAUUACUAUGGCUGUGUGGUGAUGGCUGGUAAGAUGUACACGAUGGAUUCCGAUAACAGCUUUGUUUACGAUCCAAAGGAAAAUAAAUGGGAAAGAGAUGGGAUGCUGAAUUUAAAGGAGUUGUACAAUGGGUGUGUCAUCGAUGACGUAUUGUACUACUUCGAUUGCGAUGAGAAGAGUAUAAAAACGUAUGAUCCAAAGAAGAGGUGCUGGGGAGUGGUGAAUGGUUUGGAAAAUUUGUUGGCUGAGACCAUACCUGUAGGGUGGGGAAUGUUGUCUAUUUUCUUUCCAUAA